ACAAAUGUCGGCCAAGUGCUUGUGUGUGGAUGGAUUGUUGUUUAUUUUUCUACUAUUAUAAAAUUAAACCGAUGAUAAAAGGGAGUCGGGCCGGAUUUAGUUCUAUUUAUCUCUUUAAAUUGUCUAAACACUUGCUCUGUAGUUUUCAAAGUGUGUCGUUGGUGUUGUACGGAAUUUAUGAGGAUUGAAGAUGUGAUUAUUUGUCGUAUUUGGCUUUGUGCCAUCCUGAGGUUUUAAGUUUAAAAGCAAAAUGGUUUGGUUUUCGUGUAUUAUAUGGUUUUUAAUCGUGGGAAGGUCCGUUGGAUUUUGUCCAUCGUUAUGUUCGUGCAAAGUAAUAAAAUCGGGUGACAGUGCGACCGAGCUGGUCCCGAGCGAGUUGAGAUGUGGAGGUAACCCUGGCCAGUUGACGGAGCUCAAAGAAAUCGACUUGAGCAAACUUUUUAUGCUCGUUGUAAGCUUGAACUUAUCUGGAAAUGCGAUUUCAACUUUGUCAAGGGAUCUUCAUUUACCAAAAUUACAAAAGCUAGAUCUAAGCAGAAAUCAAAUAAACUUAAUAGAAUCAGAUGCCUUCUACAAUAUGACUUCACUGAAAAGACUGGAUUUAUCACAUAAUCAAAUAAGUAAUGUUUACAAAGAAAUGUUUAAAGGACUGGUUAAUUUGGAGCGGUUGAAUUUAUCUCGCAAUCAUAUAUCAGCACUUGGAAGUGGGACGUUUGAUUAUUUAAUUGGUUUGAAACAAUUAGAUAUUACAGAAAACCCUCUAAUAUGCAACUGUGAUUUACUCUGGCUAGGCGACUGGUCAAGAAAUACAAGCGUCAAGUUAUUUGGUGGUCCAAAAUGUGCAUAUCCAGAGAACAUGGCCGACAAGCCAGUACGAAAACUGAGAAUUUUCCUAGAUCUCUCUGCAUGUGGUAGUGUUCUGCCCGCAAAUAGUUUGAUUGUGAAACCAUCACAUGAUCAAGUGGUUUUUGAAGGGGAUACAUUGAGUUUAACAUGUAAUGCCCCCUUUGCUUCAGUGGUAGCCAAAUAUGAGUUAAACUGGGUCCAUUCAAUGCAAGAAUGCUGUGGUGACGUAAAUAUAACAAGCACCGAUAUGCAAGAAGAAGGCUUGGCUGAAACAACUGUAUACUUUCCCUGUAUUUCUACCCACCAUGCGGGAAAUUGGACGUGUUCAUAUUGUGACCAGAACCACAUUAAACACAAUUAUACAGUACAAAUUAUAGUUUUAUCGAACUUUACGCAAUAUUGUCCGACGGAUAAUACAGUCGGGAACAAGGGGUUGUAUUCAUGGCCGCAGUUAUUGUUAAAUCAUACUGCAUCUGUGCCUUGUAGGAGCGGUGAAGGCAAAGCGUAUAGGCAAUGCUUUGAUAACGCUACCUGGGGUCAAGCGAAUACGACAGAAUGUUCGUAUAUCAGCAACAUAACAAAGUUAUUGCAACAGUUUGCGUUACUGAACGUCAGUUUAGUGCAAUUUUCGGCUAUAAAUGCUACGGAAAGAUUGGCUAUGCUGAUUGAAGAGAAGACGUAUCCGUUGGCCGAAAUAUCAGAUGCAGACGAUGUUAUGUUUAUCGCGGACGCUGUUAAAAACUAUAUGCAGUAUAUUGCUGAAGAGAAAGAUUUAGGCUCAGCAUUACUAGAAGUGAUAGAAGCGUCAAUGAACAUAUCCACAUCAGUUAUGACUCGCGCGGAAAUAAUUCAUGGAUCGUGUACGAACCUGGUGCGAGCUGCCGAGAAAAUAUCUGCACACACAGCUAAUGUACAAGGGCAUAAGCAAAAACUAGCGAUCGAGCGUUUCCCAGCCCGCGAAGGGUUCAGCGGAGUCACGUGUGUAUGGUACAGUGCGGAGCGCGGCGGGCGAAGCCCGAGGCGGAGGGAAAGCGAACGACGGUUACACUGUUCGACCACUAAUAGGACUGUGGCACCGUUGUUGACUGUUACAGACGCGUUUAUAUAUGCUAGUGUGCAGAUCCCUCAAUCACUUCUCUACAGCACAUCAGACUCAGGUCUGCUCCUCCAGAGCAAGCCACAAGAGUUAGUAGUAUCGUUCUACGAAGACGCUUCACUGUUCCCCCUUCUACCAGAGGUAGACGACGGACCAAUAAGAGGACACCGGUCUAAGGACUAUUAUGGCAGGAGUACUAAAAGAGAGGAUAUGAAUAUGGAGAUUACUUCGCCAGUGGUUGGGUUUCAACUUGACGACGUAUCAAUGCACGGCUCGUUGCUGGAGCCGAUAAUAGUGACGGUGCGUGCGGGGGGCGGGGCGGGGGACGCGCGGGCCGCGCUGUGGGACCGCGGUGUGCGGCGGUGGACUGAUAACACGUCGGAUUGCCGAGUAUCACACGUGGUGUCUGAAAUGAUUAUAAUAAGUUGUACGCGCUUGGCCUACGUGGGUUUAUUACAAAACGUAGAAACUGGUAUAUACGGGGCGAGAACAGAUGGCGCGCGUUUCAAAGUGUCCCAUCCCGCUGUGUAUGUCGGGAGCCUUAUUCUUAUAGGCUGCGUUAGUUGCGCAACUCUAACAUACAUCAUGUGCUAUCCCGCGAUACAAAUGGCGAAGAAAACCAAACACGCCCUAAUAAAUACAUGGAUAGCUAUCGGAUUGCUCUGUUUCUUAUAUACCUUGGGUAUUUACCAAACGGAAGACAUCAAACUGUGUCAAAUACUCGGUCUUUUGAUUCAUUAUCUGUCGCUAUGCUGUUUGCUGUGGAUGUGUGUGUCAGCCAGUAAUAUGUAUAAAUGGGUGACGAAAACUCACAAUCCUGUAAGGUCGCCUGAAGAUGAAAUUCCACCAGAUAUACCGAUUCAGAAACCUAUUUUAGGGUUGUAUUUAGUAGGAUGGGGGAUAGCUUUGAUUGUAUGCGGGAUUUCGGGAGCUGUUAACUUAAAAGAUUACGCCGGUUAUUCUCAAUGUUUUUUGAGCACAGCACCAGCUUUGAGUGCCUUAUUCAUACCUGGAGCGAUUUUGCUAAUGUUUUUAACGAUUUUGUUUCUUCUUAUACGGUGUACGAUACGAAGUAUGAACGUACAACUGUCUGAAGGUACACAAGCAACAGAAAAUGUUGAUUUGGAGAUGUGGGAACCGAAUCAGGCCAAUGAGGCUGAGAGACGCAGUAUUAAAUCGGCUGCCGAUUCAGAAGUAGAUGACGUAGAACAUACACCCAUAAUACAGUUGCGAGCUCAAGUUAUAGUGCUUUGUUUAUACUUGUCCGUUUGGACUUGUGGCGCUGUAGCAGUGUAUAGACCAUUACCAGCGUACUUGCCGUAUCAAGAAGAUAUAUGUAGCAUUAUAUAUGCUGUCUGUGCCACAGUAUUGGGCACUUUCAUUUUGUUCUUCUAUGGCAUAGCGAGAAGUGACGUCAGAGCGCAAUGGUCAAUGAUGCAUUGCUAUCUACAAUCAAGCAAACAGUGCUGUAGGAAUCGAAGUGUUUUCGAUACAAAUCACAGAGCUUUGCCGAAUCAAACGUCCACCGCACCCGUUUCGCAGAUCCCAGGCGAUAAUAGAUCGAGAUCCGGUAGUAGGAGCUCAAAUAGAACUAACUCGAAAACAAAUAAUAGUGGUACCUAUAAAGCAGGAGCUGAAUUAAACGGACAAACGUUGCAGAAAGAUCUUCAGAAAAAUAUUAAUGGAAAAACACCUAAUAUCAACCUAGUUGUAUUGCAUAGACAGCAAUACAGAUCAAAUAAUUCUAUGAUGACGUACCCCGAUAGUAAUAAUUUCGUACCAGAGAUGUUCUAUAAUCCAAACCAAAUUAACGUAGCCAAGAAAUUCUUCAAGAAACAAAGACAAAGUAUGAAAAGAAAUUGCUUAGAACUUCCCUUACGAAGAGAUUGUGACGAAGAAUCAAAUAUUUCCCUACCAUUGCCUUCAAAAGAGGCAUAUAAUGGUAUUGCGAAUAUGAUGAAGUCUGGUACGAAAGUGAACAACACGAAUUUGCACGUAGAUAAAACAAAUAACGGCAUGAAGGAGACCCGUAACGCAGUCAAUCCAAACUUGUUGGAAGACGAAUCUAAAGACUUUAAAAGUUAUUCCACAGUUAAAAAAUCGUGGAACAGAAAUGACGAUUCCAAGCCUGGAAGAGAUCAAAUAAUGAACAUAUAUACAAAUGUUCCUGAGACGCAAGUGCCACAACAUCAAGUGGUCAAAGCUAAUGUACAGAAACCAUUAAACGGACAAAGGAAUAGCGUAUCAGAAGAAUGUCUGCAAAGUCAUGCCAAUGACCAGCCCGAAAUGCGCACAAUAUCCCAGCAAUGUAGUCUAGAAUACAGUUCAGCUUCCGAAAUGGCCAUGCCGCAUACAUGCUCCGACCAAACUAUCAAUACGCAUUCAGAAAUGACCUCGCUACAAGAAACGCACAGUGCCUUAUGUUCUACUAACGAAAUCACAGACACGGAAAGUUUCGGUCAAUACAUUGACUACUUACAGCCAAAUAAGAAUCAAGAAAAUAAAGACGGAGUCGACAAAUCUUUGCAAGAUAUUUCUGAAGAAUGUACAAUGCACAGCGAUGAUAUAAAUCGAUCUAGUACGCCCCAGGAUGUCGUAUGUUUGGGAGAGAUGGAUAACUUACUACAAAAUCAGGAUGAUAUAGAAGGUUCUAAAGAAAAACUUGACGGUGGUAAAGAGGAGUAUUUCAUGGCGAAAACGACGUACGAUUUUGAGACUUGCAGUACAAAUGCGAGCGAACAAGGCUUUGAAAACGAAAGCGACAUUUAUUGUCCAAACUACCAAGUCUCAGAAGUGAGCAUACGAAGUCACGGCUUAUACGCCCCUUCGCCAUCGUCAAUGUGUCCAAAUGAAAUAAGCUUCAGCAACGAAGACGUAUCAACGAUAGAGAGUCAAUAUGUGAACUACGACCCGGGGUGGCGGAAAACGAUAAAAAAUAAUCCAAAAUUGGGCAAAUACGUUCCAACGCCAGCGUUGAGUUGUCCAGAAGUUAAUUGUGAGAGUCCUGUGUCGUUUUCUAGCGAUUUAGAUGAAUUGUACACGCAAAUAACAAGUAGAGAUAAGGAAAGGAUACCUCGUAAGGAACAGUUGGACGUAACGGUUAAUAGUGACGUGACGCUCAAACCUGACAGUGACAGUUGUGUGAGCGAAGCCGUGUCUGAUGUAGAGAGGAAAGGGGAAACUACUGUGUAGCUAAUUUUUGCCAGAAAUUCUGGUUUGAAGUCUGCAUGCUCUUGCGUAAAGAACUUUUGUAGUACAGAAAAUUGUACUCGAUUUUCUUUAGUGUUUCAUUAACACAAAUAACAAGUGCGACUAUUUCUCGAGGUUUUAUGUCGAAUAAGAAUAAAAAUGUUUACUACUCAAGUGAAAAUUAAAAUAGAAUGUUACCAUUUUCGGACAUUUUAUUAGCUAUUUAUUUUAUUGUAUAGUCGUUUAUGCAUUUUAUUCUAAAUUUUCAUUUAUGGAUUGAAAUGAUCACUGCCAACUAAUAAUUACUAACAUAGAAUUAGGAAUUUUGGAAUGUUACAAUUUGUUUAACGUAAUUGACAAAUUUUUGUAUAUUUUUAUGUGCCAUUUGUUUUAAGUUUGUAUAAAGUAAUGUUAAGUUGUAAUUUAUGUACAUUUAUUUAUUUUUAAGCCUUUUUGCAAUUUUAAUUUGUUAAAUUUAUUAGUGUGACGAAAUUCAAACUAAACAUUGGGUUGAAACUUUGCUUCCUUAAAAAAAUUAUAAAAGUUGGGGCAGGAAUUUUCUCAAUUGCUCUUGUAACAUAUAUAAUAUUUGUCACAAAAUAUUUGAAAAAUAUCUUUGUAGCAGCUACUUGUGAAAUAGUACACCAAUAUAGUAGACCUUUUAUUGACACUGCUUAAUUAGCUGCAUAAAUAAUCUAAAGUUAAAGAAAUCGAGUAAAAAAACAAACAAAGAUAUUAUGAGUAAAAAGAUGUAGACAGGUUGUUAGUGCUCCGGGCGUGGAAAGUCGAAAUGUGGCUAAUUUGCCAUAUUAUAAGUACUUCAGUUGUCUCUUUUUCUCUCACGAUAAUUGAAACAUGCCAUCUAAGUUUUACGUCUAAUCGUGCGCCAUUUUUGAUGAUCGAAAGUUGUGUUGGUAAACUGUCUACACAUUUUUACUCAUAAUAUCAUUGUUCAAAUAGAUAAUUUUGUACAGUAAAAAUGUUUGGAUUAGAUAUUAUAUCGGGUUGUUUCGGCUUAUUGUCGCUGUGUAAAUUAUAAUAUGUAUUAGUGUUAAGACAGAUCGAUGUGCCAAAUUUAUCGGAUUGUUGGUGAUUUUAUGCCUUUUCGGUGUUAGAGAUUUGACUGAUUUUUAUCUUCGCCUUACUUCUAGUCUUUUUGACGGUUUAUUUUACGUUUAUACAAAAUUAACUGAAAUAAUUUUUCUUUCAUCGUGACGUCAGUUGAAUUUAGAUUGCGUAAUAAUUUGUAUUAUACACACUGGUCUUCCAAUGCAUAAAUUCAUACUGAGUUUAUUGGAACAGUUUUUUGUGCCUUUCGUAUCUGAAAAUAAAUCUUUUUCUGAUCUCAUUUCUCAAAUUUUUUCGAUUGACAUCAACCAUUUUGUAUUAAGAUAAAUAACGGUAUAAAUAUUAUAUUGUAAUAUCAAUGUUUUACGUUAUCGAAGUAAUAUGUAGAUUGUAUAGUGUUUAUAAACCUGUAUGUAGUAGAAUUUUAAUUAUUUCAGGCAUUGGCUUUGUGGCGGUUUAAUGUUUUACGAAAAUGUGUUGCUAUAUUUGCAUGGAUGUUGGCUUGUUAAAGGGAUAUUCUAAAUUGUUUAUCUUGUGUUUAUGUAAAAAAUCGGUAAAAUUGUGAAAUUGUAAACAAAAAGAUUCAAUAUUGGCUGCUCGAAGGUAAAAUUAGAAAUCUUAGUGUAUGUCAACAUCACCUCUAAAAAUUACUACAAAAAUAAGCUAAGUAUUACUAAUAAUGUAUGAUAGAUCAAAGAAUAUACUGAUUGAUAUCUACAUUAUUGUAAUUGAAUUUUUUUUAGCUAUUGCAUAGCUUUUAACGAUGGCCUUGAGCGCGGUGACCCAAUCGAGAAAUUCCGUAACGAAAAAACCUCACGCUCCCCACUCCGACGGGCGGAGGUGUGGCUUGAAGCAUGCAAUAGCUUUACCGCGGCAGUCCCCGAGUGACACACGUCUUUUUUACUAAUUAUGUUUCAAUCCAACUUCUCGUUAUGUUUAACCGUCACAAAUUUACUGUCUGGUUAUAUAACGUGCAGUUAAAUGCACAUAUACACAACUGUUUUGAUAAAUAUUACCGAUUUGUGAAUAUAAUAUAUAUGAAUAGAAAAUUUAUAAACGGUUAGCUUUUUGUGGGCAUAUUGCAUAAUAAAAAGCAUUUGCACUUUA